AUGAUUGUGGACUUCAGGAAGAGCACUGUCCCCCCGCCCCCACCCUCCGUGAUGGACUCCCCCAUCACCUCUGUGGAGUCCUUCCCUUUCCUGGGCACCACCAUCACCCAGGACCUCAAGUGGGAGCCGACCAUCAGCUCCCUCAUCAAGAAGGCCCAGCAGAGGAUGUACUUCCUGCGGCAGCUCAGGAAAGCCAAGCUGCCUACACAGAUGUUGGUGCAGUUCUAUACGGCCAUCAUCGAGUCCAUCCUCACCUCCUCCAUCACCGUGUGGUUCGCUGGAGCCACAGUCAGGGACAAACAGAGACUACAGCACAUUGUGCGCUCUGCAGAGGAAGUGAUUGGCCGCAGUCUUCCAUCGCUACAGGACCUCAACAACUACAACUCCAGCACCAGCAACAACUACAACUACAGUACCAGCAACAGCUACAGUACCAGCAACAACUACAACUACUGCACCAGCAACAACUACAACUACAGCACCAGCAACAACUACAACUCCAGCACCAGCAACAACUACAACUACAGUACCAGCAACAACUACAACUACUGCACCAGCAACAACUACAACUAUAGCACCAGCAACAACUACAACUACAGUACCAGCAACAACUACAACUACUGCACCAGCAACAACUACAGUACCAGCAACGACUACAACUACAGCACCAGCAACAACAACUACAGCACCAGCAGCAACAACAACUACAGCACCAGCAACAACUACAACUACUGCACCAGCAACGACUACAACUACAGCACCAGCAACAACUACAACUACUGCACCAGCAACAACUACAACUACAGCACCAGCAACAACUACAACUCCAGCACCAGCAACAACUACAACUACAGCACCAGCAACAACUACAACUACAGUACCAGCAACAACUACAACUACUGCACCAGCAACAACUACAGUACCAGCAACGACUACAACUACAGCACCAGCAACAACAACUACAGCACCAGCAACAACUACAGCACCAGCAACAACUACAACUACUGCACCAGCAACAACUACAGCACCAGCAACGACUACAACUACAGCACCAGCAACAACUACAGCACCAGCAACAACUACAGCACCAGCAACGACUACAACUACUGCACCAGCAACGACUACAAAUACAGCACCAGCAACAACUACAACUACAGCACCAGCAACAACUACAGCACCAGCAACGACUACAACUACUGCACCAGCAACGACAACAACUACAACACAAGCAACAACUACAACUACUACUACUGCAGCCUCCUCUGCUGUGUCUGA